AUGAAUAAUUCAUAAAAUGAAUCAAAAAAAUCAGAGCAAACUCAAACAAUAGAUUAUUUUCAAUAAUUAAAUGAAAAUAGAUGUUAGUUAAAUAAUAAUGUAUUCUUAUUAGAGAGAACUAUAUUUCAAUUACUAAGAAAGUAUCCAGAUGUAUUCUCUUACAACUAAUAACAAAUUCAUAAUGUCAAGAACGGAUGUUUGGAUCUGAAUAUAGAAAAUGGGUUGUUAUUAGGUUAAGGGGCUUAUGGAUCUGUGUACUCAACUAUAAAUCCAAAUAAUAAUUUACCAGCAGCCUUGAAGGUACAGGUAAAUUGCGAUUUUGAUUAAGUUAUUAUCUUAGCUGAAGAAUUUCAAAUAUAAAAAAGAAUUGCUGUCCACUUUCCUGAAUGCAUCAUCUAAAUACAAAAUAAAAUUGUUAUCAGCCUACAAUAUAUGAACGCUUAUCGAAUAUAUGCAUAUCUAGACCUGGGGUUGGGGAACCUAAAAGAAUAUUAGUUGAGAUUAAAGUAAUUUACAGAGCUUCAAUUCAAUAAUCUGUUCGAUUGUAUUUUAGAUAGUGUUUUAAAAAUUCACUCUCUUAAAAUUGCUCACAACGACAUUAAAUUAGAAAAUAUCAUAAAUACUUAAAAAAAUGGUUGGGUCUUAGCUGAUUUUGGAUGCUCAACUUAAUACAUUACCCCAUAUGGUGAGUAUCCUAUUGUUGGAACUAGAGCUUAUAUGCAAAAAUAAGUGAGAGGAGCUCUGAACAAUAAUUUAAAAAUAUUUAAAAUGAAUUUGUUCAAAAAAGAUAUCUAUGCAUUUUAAUUGUCAAUGCUUUAGAUACUUUAUCCUCAAGAUAAUAUUAAUGUUUUAUAAUAGAUAUUAGAUCAAUAGAAAAUGGUGCAUCCGAAGAUUAAUUCACUUUAUAAUAAAGAUUAUUUCCAAAUAAAGUCAUACUUUUUAUAACAAAAAUACAUUCGAACUACAUUAAUUUAAGAACCCAUCAUCGCAAGCACCGAAGAUGUAAAAAGGAAUUUAGAAAACAAUUUCAAACUUAGUUUGUAAUACAAAAUACAUCAAUCAACAUAAAAUUUAUCUUAUAAUGGAGAUAUGAAAUUUUGGAUGUAGUGUAUGUUGAAUAUAAUAUCAUAGGAAUAUUCUAGCGAUUAAGAAAUAAUAAGAAAAGUCAUGAUUUUGGAUUCCUUUGUAGAUAAAUAUUCUUGUAAUGUAUCAGCAUAGGAAAUAUUUGAAGAAAUAUCAAUUGAGGAUUUGUCUAAGUUUGAAUAUGACCUCUACUAUGAUGUCUUAGAGAAGAAAGGUUAGAGGAUGCUCUAAUUGAUGCUUUGUCAGGGAUAUCAAGCUACUUUGGCAGAGCCUAAUUGCAAUUUAAAAUUCUAGGAGGCAGAAUUACUUUAUAUAAUUGGCUAAUGGGAAUAGGCUAAGGAGGCCAUUAAUAGUAUUCAAAAUGAGCUGGAGUUAGAAAAUGACGAAAUGCUACUUAAAUUUAUUUGUUUAAAGAGCAGAUUGAAUGGCCAAUGGAUAAAAGCUAUAGAAGAAAUCAUACCAUACUUAAUCAAUUAUAAAGAAAUGAUUUAGAUCAUGAUUGAAUGGAAGUUUAUUAUUAUGGACUCAAUUUGGUUGAACAAAUCUAAGAAUAUGUUAAAUAAAAUUUAUCAACCAAGGCAUAAUUUCAAUUCAUAAGAGAAGAAAGAUACUGUAGAAUUAGAUUUUUCGAAGUAUAUUAAAAUAUUUUACUAAUGUGAAGGAGAGGAAAGGGUAGCAUUUGGUGUAAACGUAAUAAAUAUGAUGUAGAAUUUGAAUUACGAUAAAUAUGCCAUAUUUUAAUAGGGAUGGACAUAUUGCGAAAUAAUGUAGUAUCAUUGUGUAUAUUAAUCAUUCAUCGAACAAUUUAUACAAUUUAUCGAGUAGAAUCUCGAAGGAUACUAUUUCAAUUGGGCUAUUUAUGAUUGUUAUUCAUAAUUCCUUGUCUAUAAAGGAGAAUUCAUUAAGGCGAAGCAUUAUUUAGAUAAAGCAAUGAAGAUAGUAGAAAAUGAUUGUAUCUAUAAUCAAUUCACUCUUUCCCAUCACCUAUUUUAAUUGCAAUUCCAGCUAGGCAGUUUAGAAUAUGCUGAAACUUUUAGAAAAAUGAUCGAUUUUCUAAACUAAAUGGGUAGUUCCGAACUUACUUUAUAUUUAUUUGCGAUAUUGUUUUAAGAAACUUUAAAUAGUAAUCAUCAAUAUAACUCUUAAUCAAACAUAAGAGAUUUUUUAAGUUAAGCAGCUGCAAUUCUAAAAGGCCAUUUAAUUGAACGUAGAUUAUCCGCAAUCCUCUGCUAUAUAAUUGAAGAAGAUUAUGCCUUCAGAAACAAGGAUUUCAUUGCUCUUAAAUCAGCAAUGUGGAACGAAUUACCAAAGGCACUUAAAGAAGCAGAAGAUCAAUAGAGUCACGAGGAGGAAGUCCUAAUUGGUUUUUCAGAGUUAUUUUAGAUAGCAGAAUUUGAGGAUUUGAACUUGAAAGACGAAACAAGGUAUACAUCAAGAUGGAUAUAAUCUGUGAUAAUCUUUGGCGAGAUUGGUUUUUAAAAUAAAAAACUUCCUAAACAUGUUGCAGGUUUCGUUCCAUAUUUUUAUUCAGUUUCAUGCUCUAGGUCAGGUGAUUAGAGAAAAUAUUAGGAAGCCUAAGAGUUAUAUGCGAUAAUUCAUAUGAAUGCAAGUUGGUUAUUUUGA